AAUGGAGGGGUGUUACCGGCACGGGGCGGGGCGCACGGGCUGCCCGGUGCUGGUGGGGGGGUCCCCAGCAGGGCCCUGAUCCUUCGCUCGCCCCGUAAUUCCCGUUUAUUCCCAUCGAAGCGGUGGGAUGACUGAGCGCUCCCCGGGGGCUGCUGAUGCGCUCUGAUCCCGGGAACUGAGCGCCGGGAUACGCUCGGGAUCAGGGUCAGGCUCGGGGUCAGGGUGUCAGGCUCGGGCACGUCGCUCCUCCUCUCACGGGGUGUGUGACACCCCAAAUCCCUCCCUCUGACCGAAUUCCCUCUCCUGACCAAAUUCCUGUGACAUCCAGGUCUUUCAGGCAAACAAUAUUCCCCUUGCUGCCUGGAUUGACCUCUUCUCUGGAGGUGAGUGCAUUGGUGGCUGGUUUGACGUGGUCUGGGUGAGCUGAGCUGUUUCCACCGGUUCCUCUGGGACAUUCCCGGUGCCAUCGCUCAUCCUCAGCCGUUCCUUUCCUUGGAUCUGUUCAUGGUGAACUCCAGGCUUUGGCCAACCCCGUCCUGGUGUUGUUGUUGUGGCUCUUGGUUUCUUGCUCGAGGAGAUUCUGGGACACCAAGAGAGGUUCUGAGUUUGGUUCUCAGAGCAGCUGCAUGUCUCUGGGUUGGGGAGUUUGUCUGGAAUGGAGAAGUUUGGGUGUUGUUGUACAGAACUGGGAAUGUUUUUCAGCAUUCAGGACCUGUUGUCCUGGUACUGUACAGGAAUUAUAACCCACAGCUAUAGAGAGAUUGAUUAUAUUUAACAAAAAAGGAGACAACUGUGCUUCUUGUCUGGUUUUAAUUUUCCUUGAGUUUGUUCUCUGGCUCUGUCAGGAGCCACAUUAAUCCAGAGGCUCAGGUGUCACCCAGCCCAGCUCCCACUAGAAGUAAAAAGAGAUGUUCCUUCUCUGAUCUCGCUCCCAUUAACAACUCUCAAGACAUGGUGUCUAAAACCUGUAUUUCCAGGAAAAGGGAAUGGUCUGGUGGUUAAAUCGUGCAUAUUUUUACUCUUGAUCUUUGUCCCUCCUGUUCCUUGGUAGAGUCUGGAUUUGUUAUCUUCCAGGUGAUUUUUGGUAUUUAGCUCCAUAUUCUUUAAAUUAGAAACAGGACUCUGGUGAUGUGUCACUCUAAACUAUUCUCUCUGCAGGUUCUUAGCACCUUUAAUUUAUUAAAAUAGACUUUAGGAAUCUGACUCAUCCUGAAUUUGCACUCCUUUUGCUCCACCACUACCUAUUUACGCUCAAUUACUGAGGAGUCUCAUUCCCUGGCCCUCAAGUGUCUUCAGCAAUUACCUGCAGAGGGUUGUUGUCUUUAAUGGUGUGAAAAUAACAGGUUUGGGGUGGUUUUUUGUCAAGUAUUGGAAAACACAGGCUUGGCUUUGCAUCCUGGACACAAAGGAGCCCCAUCAGUUCACAGAUCGAACUCACACCAGCAACGGUGGCUUAUUUGUGAGAUUACAACUUCCAUGAGGGAAACUUGACUUCUUGCCCUAUUGAGGCACGACAGCACCAUUUUCAAAUCUAUAAAUGAAAUUGUAGCAUUUGUGUUGAAAUGCUCCUUUCUCUCACCCUGGUGUUCACAUCUCAGCACCGGGAACGGGGCAGCUGAAAUCCCUCGGAGGAGCUGAGGAUUCCAGAGAGUCUGCACAAAUCCCAGCUACUGAUGUGCAAAUAAAACAAACCAGCAAGACUCUUGUUGGCACCUACAGCAGAGGUUCCUGGCCUGUCCCUGGAGGGUCCCUGGAGUGCCACAGGAUGGAUCCCGUGGUGCUCAGCUACAUGGACAGCCUGCUUAGGCAGUCGGACGUGGCCCUGCUGGAGCCCCCGAACUGGCUCAACGACCACAUCAUCGGCUUCGCCUUCGAGUACUUCGCCAACGAGCAGUUCCAGGAGUUCAGCCACCGGGUGUGUUUCAUCGGCCCCGAGGUGGCCCAGUUCAUCAAGUGUGCCCUCAGCCAGGAGGAAAUAGCCGUGUUCCUCCAGCCGCUGGACCUUCUCCGCAAGGAGCUGGUGUUCUUGCCCAUCAAUGACAACUCCAGCCAAGCUGCCGGGGGCACCCACUGGAGCCUACUGGUGUAUUUCAGGGACAAGAAGUGCUUUGCCCACUACGAUUCCCACAGUAAAUGCAACUCUGCCCAUGCCAGGCAGGUGGCAGGGAAGCUGGAGGCCUUCCUGGGCAAAAGAGGGGGCAAAGCCACCUUUGUGGAGGAGAAAGCACCGGCGCAGCAGAACAGCUACGACUGCGGGAUGUACGUGAUCUGCAACGCCGAGGCCCUGUGCCACGCGUACUGCCGGGGCCGGCCCGAGCCGGGGCUGCAGCUCCUCACCCCCUCCUACAUCACACAGAAGAGAUCUGAGUGGAGAGCUCUCAUCACAAAACUGGCACAGAAGUGAUGGGGAUGCACCCCCAGCCCCCCAAAAAACUGCCUUCCCUGUCCUUGAGGCAGCACCCCCAGUGCCUGAGGGAGAUACCCAUGCACAGAAUUGUCCCAAAGAAGAAGAAUGUAACCCCUCCAGCAUGGCUACACCCCCCAAACACCCCGUUCCCUGCGGGAAAAGCCUUAGCCCCCUCUGGAAAUCACCGGCCUUUCUAACGACAAAAGUCACUUUGCUUUCAAAGAAACCCUCUUGAUGAUGAAUUUUUAUACUAAUUGCUGUGGCAAAACAGGUUGCUGAACAGACUUCACCUGUGCCCAGCAGGCAGCACACCCUCCUUAGGUGGCUUUAAUUGGCUCCAGGCAUUGUCCUUCCAAGACAGGUUUAGCAAAAUGCCCUUUAAACCCAAGCCCCCAAGUGCUUUAUCGUGGCUAUUUCUAGUCUGUGCCUCCUACUAGUGGUAUUGGAGCAGUCUGGGAUUUAGUAACCAGGAUUUUGUGCCCCUGAAAACCUGACGCUGAGAUGUCAAAAGAUGAGACUCCAAAGGAAAUGCUACGAUUAACUAAAGAACAGGGCAAAACCAAAGUCAGUUUUCUUCAGCCUGGUGCUCCCAGGCUGCUCAGCCACUGCAUUUUUUUGUCCCCCACCCCUGCUUUCUCUUACUGCAAAUUAAAACCCAACUCUGAACAGCUGGAAGAUUAAUAGGAAGCUGAGAAACCCAAUCCUAGGAAAAGAAACUUAAUUGAGAUAAAAAGCAACACUCACUCUUUAAAGCUUAGGGUUUUUCAUUAGGAUUUUAGGUCGUCUCCAUCCAGGGAGGGUUUGUCAGCGCUCCCCAACCCUCAUUAGUGUUGCUGCUGCCUCUAAGACAAAACCAGUUCUAUUACUUGAGAUAAAAAAAACCACACCAGGGAGAACAAAAGGACAGAGUUUGAGGUAUAAAAGCCAAAGAUAACUGUGGGCUCCUUGAAGUCCUUAAUGCACUUCAAACCAAGCCACUUCCCCUCCCAUGCUGGGUGACGGGAUCUUGGAGUGGAUGCUCUUGCUAAAGCCAGGCUUAGCAGUGGGGGAAAUAAAAAUUGAACUGAGAUGUCAUUGCAGGAUAAGGAAUAAUCUCUCACUUGGUGAGAAGCAAAGAGCAGGUUGCUCAGGUGGUGUCUGGCAGAGCAGCCACACCCCAGCACACCAACCUGAUCAAGGAAAUCCGGGUUAAAUAUAACCUUCAGAAAAGGAAAGGGAAGGAUUGUUUUUAACCCAGAGCUCCUCACCAGCCCAGCCCCACUGGUGUGUGCAGCAGCACAGCACCGAGGGGAUGAAGGGCUUAACCUUCCCUUGCUGACAAGAGAAAAUCAAGAAACCAGCCCAGGCUCCCCCAAAACACCCGACUACACCCUCACAGGAAGCGGUGGGGCCAGACAAAGGUCGGGAUCAUUCCCCUCCCUCCUACACUGCCCUGACAGGAGAGCAGCCCACAGGGGUCCAGGGCAUCCCUCCAGCACCAGCCCUCCCUGGAAAACCUGCUCAGCUGGAGCUCAAAUGGGAUCAAGCUGCUUGCCAAAGGGGUUUCACCGUGGACUCUGAUGGGCUGUGCUGGAGCCACGUCACUGCUGCUCCCAAAUCCAGAAUAAAACUCAGACCAAACCAUG